AUGUCCACACUAUGUAUGAAGGCGCCUAAAUUACGAGGGUUAAAGAAGCUACGCCCACUACAUGAAUCUACCCCACCAUCAUCACCAUUGCCUUCGAUGGAAGACAUAAGAAUUAAAGAAGAACCACAAGAUGAAGGUUUUAAUCAAGGUGACCCUAAUACCCAAGAAAAGUCUCAACCAACUGAAAACCACAAUGAAAAGAGUAAAAGUAACAAGUUUUUCACAGCAACCUUGGAGUAUACAGGAGACAUGUUGGUGAUAGCAAGUACUUCUAUUAGAACUUUAAUGAGAGUAACAACAAUUGUAACCCAGCAACUGGAGGCAAAGCUGAUAAAAAUAGAAACUUCAGACAAAGGGGAGAAAAGCCAAGAGACAAGUUUUACAGAAGAUCAAGAAUCAUCAGUGAUGAAUCACAGCAUUUCAUCGUUGCCAGAGAAUCGGAAAUACUCAUCUAAAGAAUUGUUGAUGCUGGCUAAUAGUUACCUGACCCACAGUAAACCAAAAGAUUGGAAUAAAAUUAGAACUGAAAUUCCUGAUAUUGUGACAGAGGAACCAGAAUAUAUAAAUCCUGAUGAGCUCGGACCUUUAAAUGAUACCAUAUUCUUGAAUGCCAGACCUAGUUAUGAGAAUCGUAAUCGAAGACCCAUGGCAACUAUCUCCCAGAACGAUGAGGAUCUAGAACACCCGUAUGGUCGAGCCAACACUCUUCAGAAAGAUUUCGGGGGAUAUUACAUGCCUGCAGAAACUUCUGAAACUUUCACUCUUCGAAAUAUAGCAUCACAGAAUCGGAACUCCAACAACAACGUCACUUUUAGUGAGAUCAACAAAUCAUUGGAAAAGGAUCAUUCAGAAGCUACGUCACUUAGAAAUCUCGGAAGACAAAAUAGCGGAAACAACAACACUGACAUCCACGAUUCAGAACACAUGGAUACGGAACCAGUACGCGAUCCAAAUCUCCGGAGAGCAAGUGGAAACAAUAAUACUCAACCUCAAGAUAGUUCCGAGGCUGUCCGAGCUCCUUCAUAUCGUCAUCCUAGUGGAAAUAACAACACUGUUCCAGUAGCAGACAGCGAACAUGUUAGAUACAAGGUCAUGGUUAAAGAAAUUCAUGACGUAUCGCCAGUCCGUUAUGAAGUCAAGGCAGAGAUUGCAUAUGAUGACAUAACGCAAAUUGAUCGAUUUGACCGUACGGCUUCCGAAAGAUUCCAAAAUCCUGAAGAGGAAAGAUGGCCGCAUGAUCAUUUUAAUCCAGAAAAUGACGUACCUUUAAAUUUCGUCCCACAACCGGAGAAGCUCCACAAACUAAGGUCAGAAAGAUACAAUGGUUCAGAAAGAUACCAGAGUUCUCAAAGAUACGAUACAGAAAAAUGGCAGCAUGAUAAAUACCAGCCAGAUCACAGAGCUCAAGAUCAUUUCGUUAAUACGCCAAAUUUCUUCGGUGGAAAAUUCAUCCAUAAAUCACGUCCGAAAGAAAUUGCUUACGUUAAUUCAGAGAAAACUAUUUCUAAAUAUGGAUUGAUCAAUGAUCCUCUACGUGUUGUGGAUGUCAACAGUUUUCAGUAA